CUAACAGGACAUCCAUUAAAGUACUUGAGAAUUCCGGUUGGAAGUUUGUACAGAAUGAAAUAACAGAAUCCACCUUAUUAUGUUUUGACAAAACAAUUGUUUUUUAUAAAAAAAUAAAGUUUUGAAAAGUGGUGGAAUGCUUCAAUUUUAAAUGACACUGCCACUAGAACGGUUAUUGCCAGAGGUGACCUGACUAAGGAAGAAAAUCAGAAUUCGGCAUGGCACCAAGAAGGCGUUGUUUAUGUACGCAACAUUUUUAUCGAGCUCAAUAAUUACCAUUCGAAUUCCGAGCAAAAAUCUUUCAAUCGAGCGGCACAAUACGCCGUUUUUCUCCAAGAAGCCAUAAAAAUGUUACAAGACAUACUGCAAUAUUAUAUACAAAAGUCGGAUUGUUCGAGUAUCGAUUUUUGUUAUACUUUUUAUCUUCCAACAGAUUGGGAUUAUAAGAUAAGAGAAGAAUUGUUCCAGCCUCUAUUCCUGAAAGCUGGUCUGAUCCAUGGAAAUGAUGGUCAGGGCAGGUUGAUGUUUAUGUCGGAGCUAGAUUUAACUUUUGAAUUUAUACAAAUGCAACAACGUAUAAAUAUGAAGCAUGGUAAACGGUACAUUAUAUGUACAGUGGAUUUUCAAAGCACAUUCUCUGUGGAUUUAAAAAUGAUAUCAGCUCAGUAUGCUGAUUUUGCAGUAAAGACAAGAACAUUUAGCCCACAAUUAUUGAAACAAGUUCAUUUUGAAAUACCUUAUAAUGGAUUAAAAGAACAACGAUCGUCACUGAUAAGUUGUUUGGAAAAACAAUGUGAGUCUACGUUAUCAUCGGAAUUUAUCGACACUAUGUUUGAAAUAUUCAGUCAAAAAUUCAAAAGCUUUGACCUUUCGUCUUCUUACCCGUUUCAAACCGUUUUAUCCUUUCGGCCAUUUCAACACUUAAGCUCUCAACAGCUUAAGCUAUACGGAUUAAAUAGAAAGGAGAUCAGUGCUAUUCAAUCAAUUACUUCAGAGGACAUACUUACACAUUUGUCUUGUUUUGCUGAAAACGUCCUAAGAAAUAAAAUGGAUGAGCUUCUUGGAGGCACGAGCAGCACAAAAACCAAGUCUAUGGUCAUCAUUUGUACAACCCAAGCCUGGGGUAAUCCUGAAUUAUUAUUGCUACUUACAUUAGUUGAAAAGUGUUCAGAAGCGUAUAGCGAAGAAACAACAAAAUCUUACCAAUUACGCCGAGAUGGAACAGUUAAUAGACUCAGUAUGUCGGACAGACAUGUAAGAUUUGCGAGUAUACAGCUUUUUAAGAGCCAAAUUAAAAAGUUUAAUAUGCGCAGAAACCCAGUUAUACUACCCAAUAAUGCAACAACGGAACAACCCAAAAGCUCUUCGAAGUCUACUAUUUUCAUCAAUAUCGACAUAUCGCUUACACAAAUUAAGACUAUUUUUACAUACUUGAAUAAACAUAGACAAGUUGAACAGAAGCAAAAUAUUGAAUGCAAUAUGGAACCAUUGAAUUGUUUUAUCACGCAAUCAGACUCAUAUCAAAGACCGAUGCUACACAUACCAAAUAGAAAAGAUUUUUGGCGACUAUCUUAAAUUAUAUUCUGGUUACAAAAGAAGUACGAUAAAAAGAAUAUCAGUGAAGCCAACAUCCAACUUACUUAGGCAAGCUUUCCAAAAUAUGCGAACUCUAAACAGUGGUGAAACGAUGAAAUCAAGUAAAAAUCGGCUAAAGAGAAUUAGAAAUUUAUUUGUCUCCUUAGACCCAAACCAAUUUAAAGAGCUUAUGGCAAACCUUGAAAUGGACGAUCUUUUUGCGUCGAAGGAUAAAUUUGGGGAUGCGGAUAGCGAGUCAUUUACUACAUGCCAUCCAGGUUACAUGUAUUUUUUUAUGAUCACAUAUCUGCAUUGUCUUAACAAGCAAAUAGAGGAAAAAUUAGAGAGUACG